AUGUCACAACCAAACUCUCAGGGACAAAGCAAUCUAGCAAAGUUUGCAUUUAAUAUAUAUGGAACUUUAAGUACGAAUAGCAGCACUCCCCAAUCUCAUGAAAUUUCGCCGUCUUCAUCUUUAGGUUCAUCGAGAUCCAACAAACAAACUAAUCAAUACAGUUCCCAAGAAACCAACAAUAAUAGACUAAGUUAUUAUUGUGAAAAGGAAAUAAUGUCGUUGUCUCAAUUGAACUAUCCACUACUGAUAGGGGGCUACAAUGGAGACUUGCAACAUCAUGUUGUAAUUGGUGGAAAAAACUAUCUUCGACUAUUGUGUGUUUCUGAAACUCAACAAAGAAUAAUUAGUGAUAUUAAUUUGCUAGAGUCUAAAUCAAUUUAUAACUCCCGUGCAACAAACAAGUUGAUAAACGUAAACACGAUAAAGACAUAUGCUGACACUAUAGCAGCUGGAUUAUCAAAUGGGGUAGUUUUGAUCUAUCGAGUAUCGCCAAAUGGACAAAGCAAGGUGGUUGGCAAGUAUUCCGACCAUAGUAGAACUAUAAAUUCCUUGGAUUUUAUUGACUCAGAAAAUCAAUUGCUAUCUGGAUCGCAAGAUGGAACAAUAAAAUUGUGGGAUUUGAGAAGCUCUUCUACAAAACCAGUCAUGACAAUACAAGCAAAUUUACAUUCUGAUCCGAUAAGAGCGUGUCAGUAUUCUCGGCAUUCAGCUGUCAGGAACAAAAUUUGUGUGCUAUCAGUUCACGAUUCAGGUGCAUUGUGCAAGUUUGAUUUGAGAACCAAGAAUGGAGGGAAGGUGUAUAGCCCUGAGAAAAAAUGGAAUUUGCAUACUGGGCCAGUGUUGUCUUUACAUAUUCACCCGGAAAAAGAAUAUGUGGUUACCGGCGGAAGAGAUAAAAGAAUUUCAGUAUUCAAUUAUGGUGAUGGACAGUCAAGGAACACCCCUGAUAGCUUGAUUAACACGUAUGGUCCCGUUGUAAAGGUCAGAUGGAGUACCUAUGCAAAUACAAAAGAAAUUGUAGAAGAGUUUGAAGAAAACCAACAACCAAAUCCAAAUCCAUUGUAUAAUUAUGAUAUUGCAUGUCUGUAUUUAAACGACGAUCCUACCAUUGCCAUUUACAAUUUAGGAAGAAAAUUUAUUCCAAAGCAGAUUAUCCAUUCCAAGAAGCCUGUACAGAAUUUUAUUUGGGCGCAGAAUAAUAGUAAAUCCCGAAAAAUCUGGACAUUAUCAAAACCAAAUAGUUUUAAUUCCUACAACCUUUAUGGAUUAGAUGAUUCUGACGUUAGUCGGCCAAUAGAGGAUUUGAGUAAUGUUGCAAUGACAUGGGAUAACAACAAUGAUUUUUGUGCAGUGAGUCAAGCAAGGUAUGACUACGAUCUAGAGUCUUUUGGGAAUGCGAUUAAUGAAACUUAUGAGGAUAAUUACGAUACAGAGAGGAACUGUAGUCUCGACAAUGAGGAGUUCGUACAUAGUCAAGCAAACUCCCUCACGGCAUCGCCCAUUGAAAAACCACAGUUGACAAGAUCUAUGACAUAUAACCCCGUGCAGCUGUUUUCAACUUUCUCUCCAGCUCCUGUAGCUAGAACUGCGACUGGGUUUUUACAGAACGAACCGGUUACUCCAUCAUCAUCAUCAUCUAUUCCAAAUAUGCAUCUUUCGUCGUCAAGACCUAAGUUGACUCGCAACACAUCCCAAACAACACAAGACUCGUCUUCUUCUCAAUUGUCUUCAGUUAUACCACCUCCAUCUUCUUCGCAGACUUAUUCGAGUCCGCAGUACAAAAGGAAUCAAUCAUCUCGCUGCUUGAAUACCCCAGCUUAUGUGAUACCAGUAUCAAUUCCAGUUCCAUCAAAUGAUGAAUACGUUUUCCAGAAAUUGUCAAGUGAGUCAUUAGUGAACAUUCCAGAUGGCUUUACUUUGGUAGAUGUGUGUUUAAUAAACGCAUCUGUUGCUGCCAGUGUUAACAACAAUAGAACUAGUCAAGUUUGGAAGCUCUUGGCGGUUAGCAUACAAGAGGAAUUCGAGUCAGGAAGUAAACUAAGAAGAAUACUUGGGCCUGAAACAGAAACCGUGAGUAAGAUACCUCAAGAAGUACAUGAGAGUUUGGCAAAAACCAAUGAGGCAUUGUCAUCAGAUAUUGCCAAAAGUAAUUCUGUUCUGUCGGUCUUGGGCAAUUUUGUUGAAUCGUUCAAAUCCACAUCAACUCUGGGUUCACAGUUUGGCAAACAAAAUGACAAGGAUGACAGAAAAUUACAAAACAAGAAUAGUUCUGGUAACCUUAUGGAUAUGAUUAAUAAGGCCAGUAGAAACAGCAGCUUUUCAACUACUAGUUUUAGAUUAAAAGAACAGGAGCGCAGGGAGCAUGAACUUCGAAAUACCCAAAACUUUAGGGAUGAAAAUGAAAAAGUCAGUACGCACUCUAAAUCUGCUCCAAUUCUGAUCAGUUCCCACCCAGAAGAUUUAGAUGAUGAGAAUAUGAGUGCCACAAACUCUGCUGGCUUAAAGUCGAGUCCACCUUCUGUAGGAGUGUCCAUCCCAUCAACAAGGACAUUUUCAAGCUCGUUGGCUUCGUCUCCGAAAUCAAUAAGAAUAAUGAAUGGGGUUAACCUGAACGUUGCCAGAAGCCAGCCGUCUCCACCAGUACAGACUUGGUUGAAACAAAGGAAUUUUGAUGUGUCCAAUGGGGUGACAAUGAUGGGUACUUCAGGGUUAUCUUUAGCAUUGAAACGAAAUAAGACCAACGAGGAAGGUUGUGAGUUUGUCAAAGUUUGGAAGUUCAAAAGCUUGUUGAGAAAAUCUUUAGAUUAUGCAGCCCUUCAAGGUGACAUUAUUUUUUGCUCGACGGUGGCACUAUUGUUUUAUGAUAUUGUUCCUGACGUAAUAUCACAAUUUGAAUGCUUGGAAUGGCUCAGUAUUUACAUUGAGAUCUUGCAAAGGAAAAGAUUAUUUGUUAAUGCUAUAAAUGUGAUAAAAUGUGCUACAGCAGAUAUACAGGAGAAAUUACAAAAGCUAUAUUGCCUGGAUUUGAGUUUGCGGUUUUAUUGCUCCAGGUGUCAGGCAUUAUUAGUCAAUGAUAAAUCCAAGUUUUCCGGCAAAGGUGAAUUUGGGUACUGGUAUUGUGAUGAGUGUAGCAGGUUACAACUGCAAUGUGUAUAUUGUAAUGAGCCAUGCAAAGGUUUAGCGGUUACUGUAGGGUUGAAGUGUGGACAUCAAGGUCAUUUUGGAUGUCUAAAAGAAUGGUUUAUUGAAGACCAAAACACAGAAUGUCCUGGUGGCUGUGACUACCAGGUAAUAUAA